AUGGCACGAGAUGUUUCUCAACAUGAAAUACCUACUUCGCUCAUUGCUCUACAAAGAGACGAACGACCAUACAGCUAUUCUGAGCUCUCCACACUGAAAAUCCCUGUGCUCCCAGAUGACACCAAAUUGACACUGGACCAAGUCAAAUGCAUCUUGCUGGAUGUCAUCAUCAACAAUCAUGCAAACGUUUUCAGAGCGGCCUCUGUGUUGACCGUACCGUUGUUCGGUGAUGAAUUCAGCAAAGUCGAACCAUUUGAGUACGUUGUCAAAGAGCCACCAGAAUUGCAGAAGUCUGGAACCAGACUCAUGGCAGGCCUACAAUGCAAUGAGUGCAUUGAAUUGAAUGACUUAUAUUCUGAGUGGGGAGAUGAACGAGUGCAGGCUCAGAUAAUCGCAAAUACCGCUUUGUUAGCUGUGCUCACGAGCCCACGUGAUCUUCACCCACAUGACGCCGUCAAGGACGAGGCAUUUCGUUGUAUGAACUUAGGAGUGUCCUUCGCUCAGUUCACCGCUUACACCACGUUGAUGGACUUCUUGAAGACGAAGGGCAAAACGCUUUCGGACUUGUACGAGUUGAUUCCUGCUCCCUUUAUUGCCAACUUCAAAGAAGCAGUUGAGCGUCGACGCAGUGAUCUGGAGGCGUCGCCUUGUUGGUAUCGCUACUGCCACGCACUGAAUGCUGGUUUUGUUCGUGAAUUUUCCAUUCACGGUUGUCAAGAUAUUGCUUAUUUUGGCAUAGCUAUUAAGGCUCUGUCGAAGAAUGUGAAUGCUACCGUAGGAGAUGUUGCUGGUGUUCGACUUUCGGAAGAGAUGAAGAAGGAAUUGUGCGAGCACGCGAAAAUUGUCGUUAGGGCAUGGCACACCUGGAGACGUCGCGGACAACCGACAAGGCACACACCCAAUGCGUCCAUGGAGCACGCGCCAUAG